AUGGACACACAGUGGAGGCGCACCGCGCCUCUUUCUCAUGCUGCCGCGGCAGCUUUUCUCUGUUUUGUUGCACUCGGUCUCGGGUUUAUCUAUGGCGAUGCAAGUGCAGAAGAACGUCCAGAGACGCCUCCGCCUGCCGGCACACAACCGUCAAAGACGUAUAUUGCCGCUCGGCAAGUUUUUUCGGACGGCUACGAGCUUCUUGAGGAGACUCCCGUCUACGUGAAGAAGACGAAGCUCCUAUUUUCUUUCAUAGAGGGCAUUUCUAGGGUGCCGCCGGGAGCAUUUCUUUUUGAGACCGACUCCAAUUCGCAGUUUGACCCGACCUUGCGAGUUGUGAUUGCCUACACGCCGACACAGGAAGCACCAAUCAGCUUCACUUCCGUGUUAUCGAAGGAAGAAGGCAACCCGGUCGUGUGUGGUGCCAACCCCGGACGCCGAUGCUUCGCCUACCUCGAGCGCGGAGUCCUGCGGCCGCUGAGGGACCGGGAGGUUGUCGUUGUCGGACGGCGAUCUUUCCUCUACGAAAUCAUCUCCGGAGCUCAGGGCAGAUUCGUUGCUGCUGACCUUGGGGCACUGGCGCAGCGGCCGGUGGGAUCGUUUGUCACGCAGCAGCUCCUGGGGCGCUCUCUGGCCGUCUGUCAGGCUCCUUCCCCGAGUCUGCCUGCUGACUUCCCGUCUCUCACGGCUCCCGAGCAGGUGGACCCCUUCUCGCACUUUGUGUUCCCGCGGUCUUCUCUUCCCGCGGGUUCCGCUCUGCUGCCGCCGAUGGCCUCUCCUGAUGAUGAAUUCGAAGUCUGCACUGUCGACCACGGCGAUUUAUCUGGCGACGGGAGACACAAAAUGUGCUUGCUCAGACCCCGAAAAGCGGCACAGAAGGCAGCUGCCGCAGGCGAGCCCUUCUUGAUUGCAGGAGGCUCCCUAGUCUGCGCAAAAACUUCAGAUAGCCAGAGCCUGUUGCUUCUGGACCAAAACAUCGCGUUACAAGGCGACGAGGCGACAAAUACCUCCACCAUCUUGGCACCCGUGGUGUAUGCUGGAACCGACAAGCAGGUCUCGUGCGAUUUGGGCUCGAAAGCGCACACCGUGGAGACACUCCUGUCGGCUCGCAUGACGGACCCGGCGAAGCCUGUAACAACUAAAGAAGACGGCAGCAUCCAAAAGGACGUGGUUCACCACUUCUCGGUCGCGUAUGUGCCGUCCGUCAGCUCCAACGUUCUUGUUGAAGUCCCGGAACCGUUGCUGUUUGAGGCCGAAACCCAGAAGACGACGUGCAGUAUCGGCGCCUCCCUGACAGUCUUGCAGCCUCAUCUUCUACUCAAGUCCGAUAUUCCCCACAAAACCAAGGUUAUGUGCGAAGUCGCCAACCUGCCGAUGUUCCAGAAACAGGGGCAGAUUCUCGUGAUUUCUCCGUCUGGUGCGGGCGAGGCAGCCGGGGACAACAACAAUAAACGCAUUCUGCUGCCUCCCGGCUCUAUACUCCUCGCGAGAGAUGACACUAUGCCACCGGAAAUCUACAAGAUUUUGGUCUACGAUCUGUGGCAGGGUGAUGACCUUCGCGCUGUGCUCAAGAAGGCAUAUUACCGCCGGAGUGAACACGAGCAGCCUGUCCCGGUGUACAUCGAGUUGAAUGAAUCGCAGAUGACCGCUAUCGGGUCCUACGACUCCGAAUUAAAACGCUUCACUCAGUUCGAGGGUCUUUCGCCACAGCGGAGGGACCCGGCACUUGAAAGAGAGGCACCGUUCUUCUAUGCGUCAAGCUACGGGCUUGCCGUGCCGAUUGGCAUGGUCGUCCUGAAGUCGGGAGUUGGUCUUUCCGUCAGACGCGUCCCCGAGGCCGCUGUGUUCUUUGAGGAUCUCCUUAAGGCGCCGCUGGAUCCCCAGCGUCAGGAGACUCUCCGGGAACGUUCGCCCUUCUCUCGCGAAGCGGAAGACGCAGUAUCUCGCCUCCAUCGCCUCAAGGGCCAUUUCUCCCGCGACAAAUACGCUGCACACUCCAAGGAAAUCAUGCGUUUGUUGAAUUCGGGUCUUGCGGCGAUUUCGUCGUGGCAGAAGGACUUUGACGCCCUGUUCCUUUCUGUGUACCCUCGCACACAAGGCACGCGGCUUUCGGACGUGCAAAUUCGCGUCCACUACCUCGAUGCCUCCAUGACGCGCAUGUCUGUCAUUCUCCGUCUGCCCAUGAGGCUCUACGGGUUCCUGUCAGCCGGCGACCUCGCCCCUCAGGUGCUGCGCGUGUUGUCGCUCCUUCUGGAGGUCGCUGAGAAUCCUGCUAAUCCGAACGAAGGCUUGCUUCUAGGCGGCGGCAGAUUUGCUGUGCUCACCGAGGCCGUUCGCGUGGUGACCAAUCUGCUGAUGGACGGCUACUGCAACGAGUGCACGCAGGACGGACUGAACGACGCGCCCCAUCAGGACGUCGCGGAAGGCCGCUGCGGCAUGUGCUCCGCGAACCGCAUCAGAGAUCUCGUCUCGCUCGAUUUGCAUGAUGUCCAGCCCUCUUCAACGACCCUGCCGACUGCGGGAACAUGGGCAAAAUGGAACGGUGACUCUUUCCUCGUCAGCUUGCCCCCUGAGGACGACAAGAAGAUCCACCGACGAUAUGGCGUCGAGUUCGACUAUCACACCGCCAUCGACUAUCCGCCGCGCCUUCGCUCGCGCUUCCUCCACUACGCGGGGUCUUGCAUCCGGUCGCAUCUGAUUGAGAUGGUGGAGCCACUCAUCCGCGGCCCAGGAAUCAGCGCCAGCUGCCCCGGCUUGUCGCCGUUUGCCUCGGCGGUCCUGUCUUCUCUUUCGUUUGCGCAAGCGGCACCGCUACUUGAGGGAUCUAUGCUCUUGCUGCAGCACGUCGUUGGCGCCUGUAACGUUCCACACUCGUCGUCUGCGGUAGAACAGUGCCUCGACGACGACGGUGACAUCCUCGGGCAUCGUCGCAUGGCUGCUGUGCAGCCUCUCGGUCGCAGUCGCAUCUUCGAGCUCAUGCUGGAGCUCGUUACGCCGGUCUCCUCCUUCAAGUUCUUGAAUGCCCUCGCCUCCGGAGAGAAUCGCAUUCGUGCUCUUCCUGCUGGCCCGCUUGCGACUGCUGCCCUCGCUCUCUCUCACGAUGCUCAAGCAGUCCUGAAAGACACCGGCAGGAACUCGCCUCCGUUGCUCUCAUACGUGUUCGGACCGCGGAGCCCCCUGGGCGAGGUGGCGGCUGUCGUUGACCAGAUGACAGCUCAGCAAGGCUACCUCGUGGUGUCUACGUUUUUUGAUGCUCCAGUUGACUUUCUGGAGCAAAUCAUUGCGGCGAAGCGAAAGCCUGCGCGGAAGCCGAGCGGACCGGAACCCCACCAUGCGCCGAUCCUCUCUGUCGUCGACAGAACAGCCAUGGAGCGCCUGCCGAAUCAGCAGGUCAGCGAAUUCAUUGGCAGCUGCUUCAUCAACCACCCCGAAAUCUGUCAAGAGGCGUACAAAAUUCUUGGAUGGCCGCUUACCAGGUUUCCCUCCAACGAACAAGAACUGCAGGCGUUUGAACAGGCCUUCAAUGAGGCCCGUGUCCGCCUGGGGAGGGAGGAGAUGCCGGAAGCGCUGCGCGUGCUUUUUCUGGAGGCGCUCGCUCAGUUCGACGGAAAAGAGCCCAAAAUGGAUGCGCCUACCGAGGCGAAACUUGAGACUGAGACUCCCCUGUCGGUCCCACCGCCUGCGGAAGACAAGUCUGCCGACGGCGUGAAGAGUAUGGAAGACGAUGGCGCGCAGCCGCUGACGUCUCCGGCUCCUGAGACGUCUCCUGUUCGCCAUGAAUUCACAGUCUUUGAGCUUCCAGGCGUCGCCGCCGACUCCGCGCGUGGCCCUGCGCAGACCUCUCAGCGCCUUGCGUGGCCAUACGUCCACAAACUCAUCACGGCGAAGCACGGGCCGUCGGCGCGCAUGCCGUCGUGGGUGCGAACGUCUGCCUCUUGCCCCUGCACGGACCCCGAGAUCGGCGAAGGAUGUCGCAUGGACUCUGUUAAAUCGACGUCGAACGUGCUGUUUCGCCUGUCUCUUCUGGUGCCGUCUGCGGUCGAGCGCUUCAUCGCCAAACAACAGUCCAAGAACAGCCUGGAACCCGAGUUCGCCGCGUUCUGUGCCUCCGUCGGGCUCUUCGCCGCCUCUUGGCAACAGCAGCUUGUCGCAGCUGGCUACGAAGAAAAGGGCGCAAACUUGGCACACAAAACGUUGGCCUCCCGCUUGGCUCAGGGUGAUAAAUAUCUUCUGAAGACGUACUCGGCAGAUGGUGGCUCUGACCACAAGCAGUGGUGGUCACGGAGAAAGCGCUUCCAAAAGUUCCAGAAACAUCACCUCUAUCGCCAGUGCAGAUCCCUUAUGGUUGAGGCCGGCAACGUCGCCUACGCUCCCUUCAAGUCCCAGUCGUUCCCAGCUUUUUCUCUGUAUGGAGGCAUUGCAAACACUCUGAACACCGCCUUCGCCGACAGGUCCCGCGUUGUCCACGGCAUUGCCGAGUGGGGUACUAAAGUCAUGCGACGCCACCAGAGUCUUCUUCGGCGAUUUAGCCGCGCAGUUACUCGACGCUCAGCCCAGGCACCGGCCGUAGGCGCCGUCGUCGCCGCUCUUCACGUCUCACACCUGUUCAAGGAGUGCUUCAACACCCCUGGCGGUCUUCUGCUGCGCACGUGGUACUAUAUGCACAUUGAGGGCUCUCCGUUGGUCGACGAGGCCCGCAGGCUCCCCGUUAUUGGAAGCAAACUCCGCGAUGUGGCGUUCGGCUUUAUGACCGGACUGGGCGCCCAGGGUCAGCUCUUUGUCCCAGCGUUCCGCGAGAUCUCCAAAGUCGUCACUCCGGCGUGGGAAGCGGAAAACCUGUUCACGACUUUGGCAGCCUAUACGCCUGGCACCGCGGUAGUGUCGCCCGCUGGGCGAUCUUUCUGGCCCGCUCAGACAAAGGGGAAGAAAAAGUCGAAGGCAGCUUCGGCCGCCGGCGGCAGACUGGCGUCGACUGAGAGCCUGGUCGACCCCGAGAAGAUUAUCGGCAAAGGCGGCUCUAUGCCAGUUGCAUCUGCGCAAAGUGUGGACUCCAGCUUCCUUUCGUUCGGAGAGGACGAGCAAGGUGAAGAAGACAGCUCUUUGACAGAGGAUCUGGAGCCCGCAGACAACGAAGAGAGCCAAGGUGCUGUCCCGCAAGAAGGAGGCCGAAUUAUCGCCAGCUUCCGCUAUAACCCGAGAAAGUUCUCGAAUCCCGCUAGAGAGCUUAUGUUUGUGGAGGUCCCCGUACCCGUUUCGGCAAUGGAACGUCGCGUAAUUGCCUCCUUUUCUGCCGACCAAGUGUUGCACUUUUUACAAGGAAAGCUUGAGUCACUUCACUCGCAGCUUGUCACGAAGCGCGGAGCGACUUCAAAGUCCGGUUUUCUCUCGAUGAUGCAGUUGCAAGGACAGGCGCCAAGGCAUGAAGGUGGUGAACAGCAAGAACAGUGUAUGUCUACCGGCAUGGCAGCCAAUCUGGUCGGUUUCCUUUCGAUGCAACUGAAGAAGGACUUGAAGCGGGAAGGCGGUGACACACAGAGCUACCUGGAACUCGGUCACCGUUCUCUCCCAAAUCUUUCCGCCGGAGCAUACAUCGCUCAAGCACUGGAAGCCAACUCCGCCGACACUGUCCUCGCUGUUCAGAUGCCAGAUGUCGACGAUGACUCUCACCUUAACAUGGAGGAUAGUGCCCUCGACUUCAAUCGCCCCAUCACUAUUGGCCCCAUUUGA